GUGGGUAAAUCCACCUGUGUCAAGCAUUGCCGAGUCAGUACCUUCGCGACAACCAAACUUGGAGGUCUUAGGCAAAGCAAGGAAAAAGAAAAAAAAAUGAGACUGACACCGCAGGAAACCAUGGUAACCAUGCCAUCGGGAGCUAAAGAGGACAGCCGUCCAUUCUUCGUGGUCCAUCCAAUCGAAGGAGUGGUCACAGAACUGGAAGACUUCACGUCUCUGCUGCCAUUCAAGGUCUACGGCUUCCAAUGCACCACUAAUGUGUCUGAUGACUCUGUAGGAUCGAUGGCAUCCACAUAUCUUAAGCUGAUGAAGGACGUCAAAACCACCGAUCCGAUCUUGCUCCUUGGAUACUCUUUCGGGGCAUCAGUAGCUUUCGAAAUGGCGCUGCGGUUGGAGGCGGAGGGUCGCAAAGUGCACCUCUUCCUCAUCGACGGCUCUCCCGAUUUCGUGAGAAAGCGGACUUCGCUCUACAGGGCCAAGAUUACCGACGCCGACGAGGCCGAUGCCUUCUCCUAUUACAUCACUCUCUUCAAGACAAUAGACCACAAUGAGUAUCAGAAGAUUCAACAAGAAUUCAAAGCUCUGCCAAAUAUGGAGGCGAGGCUGAGCCUUUGCGCCAAGAAACUGGAAGGAGAAGGAGAGUCGGAGGAUGACAUAAAAAAGGCAGCACAGACAUUUUACAACAAAAUCCUCGCAGCAGAGAAAUACUAUCCUUCGUCUGUGUUCACAGGAAAAGUCCUCCUCCUCAAGGCUGAUCAGAAUUUUGUAGCUGCAGAAAAGGAUUACGGUCUAAAGAAGUUAUGCAAGGAGGUUCCUGAAGUGUACACAUACAAGACAACUCACAAGGAAAUCAUAAAAAUUCCAACGGUCAAGAAAAUAGUGAACAGGAUAAUCAAUGCAUUGAACUCAUAAUUUGUACAAAUUGAAAGUUCUUUGAAAAUUAAAAAAAAGUUAAUUUCCAACACAUACCUGAAAACGCUCACUACUACUUUAGAUUUCAUGAAACAAAAAAUUUAAUGUUUUAAUUUAUUUUGUUAUGUAAAUAAUUUUAAAAUAUAGUUUUAAAUUAUUUCCCUGUUGUUUUUGUAAUAUUUUUUAAAACAUUCUUUAUUGAGAAGUGAAUAUCCAAUAUAUUUUACCAUGGUAAAUUAAAAUACAAUUUAACUUUUAAAUGUAAUUUAAAUCUGACAAGUUUUAGUUUAUCUAUCUCUUUUCUUUUUACAUCAUUAAGGACCGAAUACAUUUUAUCGUAUACCACACAAGAACAUGCUCAUUUCGAUCCCACUAAUCUAUUUACAGAGAACCACCAAUAUCAUAAUUAUAAAAUUAGGAAUAAUGUUCUUGAAAAAUUUCAUUGAAUAUAUCAACACUUAUUAAAUAGAAAAAUUGAUAUUUUUUAUAAUACUCAUUUAAAAUAAAUAAUAAUUAUAAUUUAGUAGAAUACUGAUCAUGGGCGUAUGCAGAGGAAAGUCGUUGCACUUUAAAAGAAAAUAAAACAUAUUAUAACACAAAAUAUCAAAAAAAUUAAUUUUUGUAAGUUGUUCUAUAUAUACAUUGUAUCUCUCUCUUAUAUAAAAUAGUUUUUAGUGACUGUGUAAUAUUUUAUUUUACUAAUAUAAAAUCAUUAUUGUACCUUCUUCAAUUUGUUUAAAUAUUUUAAUUAUAUAACUGCUUCGUUUUCCAGUGCUAUCUCUUUUUGUAAUUCUUUGCCUAUCUCUUUUCCUCAAUUCACCUCCAAAUUUUCUUUUAAACAGCACUUCUUUCUUCUCUAUAGGAUAUUUCACUAUAGUGCUUUGGUUAACAUUAAGCCAGACAAUUGUAUAAAAAGUCUGAACAUAGUAUUAUUAUUAGGGGACUUUUGACACAUAAUAAAGUUAUUUUAUCACUCAUUGAUUUAAUAUUUUUUACCUAUACAAAAAACAAUCUGGCGCAGUAUGCACAUUACACAAUUUUCACUUACCUUCCUUUGUUUUUAGUAAAAAAAGAUUUUCAGACA